AUGAAAGUCCCUACUAUCAUCUCGCUCCUCGUAGCCACCGCCUUGACCAUCGCCGUUCAAGCUGCGCCCGUCAUCGAAUCUACCUUCGCACCACCCCCAGCCCCAUCCACUACCUUUGCACUCUCACCCACAUCCACAUCCCUCCCACCUUCAGAUGGCUCCUCAAAGAACGGCACCCACCCAGCCACUAACGGAAACCAACCCUUCACCGUCACCGACGACUCUGAGCUUCGUAAAUACACUGUCGACUACGACUAUGAGGAUGCCGCAAAACACAUCGCCAAAUACCACGAGGCCGUCUACGGGAACACGGCCGCCUCCCGUACCAACGCCGUCAGCAAAGCGGCCGCUUCGACCGAUAUUCUCCCCUUCUGUGUCGGCUAUGCCUUUGACGGUGUAGGAGCCCGUUCCAAAAUCUUCAAGAACAAGAUGUCGUGCGAUAUCGCGGGCUGGACAACAUUGUUCAUUUUCACCGCUAACACCAAGAAGGACAUCCAUCAGGCCAAGUACCCGAUCUGUGUCGGGUUUGCCAGCGGACCCGACCGCAGUAUGCUGUUCUCGGGCAAGACGACUUGUUCUAUUGACGAAUUCUCCAAUGGUUUCGCGUUCUACGAGUCGGGGAUGAAGAUCAGCUACGACGCCACAGUCAGCCCAAUGCACGAGUCGACGGUGAUGUGGCAGGCGUACGGACCUCACCGGAUGAUGCUGUACCCUUACUACGAGGGUGACAGGCAUGGCUGGCAGUGGGCCUACAACCUCCAGUACCGUUCCCGCUACCGCCUGGCACCACCGAACGAGAGAGUCAACCUAGUGACUCAACAAGGAAUGCACGAGGAAGUCCACAAGAAACUCAGCAUUUCUACACCCAACACGGCGGCCAGUCGGUGCACCCUCAACCUGAUCGAGACCUGGACCGACGACUUUGUUAACUCGGGCAACCCUAUUAGCAACGCAGGAUCGAGUAAUGCUCAAUUCGUGGCGGACGCACAGCGGGAUGAAUGUAGCAACCUGGUCGCGAAGUCUUCUAUCCGUGUUGCCCGGAUCACGUACAAGGCGGCAUCGUCGCUCGAGGCUGUUAUUGACGGCAAGAUCUAUGCUGCGAUCUCCAUCUCGGCCAACACGCACCUCCCUCCUGCCCAUACCCGGGUCGCCCUUCGGGAGAGUCUGAGGACAGGCAAGCCUGUGAUGGUGGGUCAGCAGGGUGACAAGAAGAUCCCUGAUUCUGUUGUCGCCUUGGUUGCCGACACCUUUAUCACCAUUGGAUCCAAGAGCAUCUACUAUGCAAUGUAG